AUGUUAACACCCAAGAAGUCCACACGUCAAUGCCAACCCGACACUUCUGUCACCUACACAUGUCCCAAUGCAGGUGAUAUUUGCACCAAAUUUGGACAAAUUUGUUUAAAUCCUGAAACCACACAAAAUAUUGUUCCUGCCUGUGGUGAUACAUCAAAUUGUGGCAAAUGUGAAGAUGCCACGGACGGUUCGUUCACGUGCACCAGUCGUACCACAUACACAAUGUGUAUGAAAAAUAAACUUUCCGAAUUACGUUUCGAAUGUCCCGAAUUUAAUAUGUGUGAUGCUGGAUUGGCCGCGGAAGGACAAAAUCCAUGUGUACCCGAAUGCAAAGAGAGAUCCAUUAGUUUUUGUGAUCUAACCAAGGCAAUUGAUGCACCCGAGACAACAACCACAGAGGGUAUACCAGAGGAAACCACCACACCAAUGGAACCCACAGUACCUGAAAUUACAACUGAGCCAAGUAUGCCAGAAACCACACCAGCUGAACCCAUCACCACCACUUCUACGGAAUACCCAACAGAAAUUCCAACUACCACCACAGAAUCCACAACAACAACCACGACCACCACCACAGAAGUUCCUACCACUGAAGUGCCAAUAACAACAACCACAAUUUAUGCACCAACACCCACCACAACACCCGAAUUGACAACCACCGAGUUGCCAACGACAACCGAAAAUCCAGCCGACGUUUUGUGCUCUCAACAAACAGCCGUUGGUCGUUAUCCAUAUCCAAAUGACAACACUUGUAGAAGAUACGUAAACUGUUAUAUUAGAGGCGGUGUUAUGCAGUCCACAACAAUGUCAUGUCCCGGUACAUUGUAUUUCAAUGCAGCCACAACAUUGUGUGCCGAGGAAAAACCUGAAGGAUGUAUUUAA